AUGUCGGUUAUUUGGGUUGACCAGGAAGUGCGAGAACUCAAUAAAGAGCAAAUGGAUCGGUACAAGCUUACCUCCCAGCAGGUUCUGGGCAUAGCACAACAGCUCUUUGAGGAGAAUACCCAACAGUGGGACACCAGGAAGUGGAAUGCUGCGUGCCAGUACCUUCAACAACAUUUUCUGGACUUUCACAUGUGGAAGUUCCUCAAAACAGCUCGUGAGUGCUGGGGUGAGAAUGUUCCUGGGGCACAAGCUCCUGCCAAGCAGGGUGCUGACAUGAUCGCCACCGCAGACGAGACUGCCGUGGCUCCAUCUGCGCAUGUGUCUUGUCCAGGAGACGCCCUGAGCAACAUAGCGGCAGCAGGUGAUGCCCCACAGGAGUCCUGCGCUGCCUUUGACAGGGCCAGGCAUUGUGGAGGGUGCAGAGGCCCCAUCCCGAACCCCGAUGCAUUCUCGCAUAAAUGCGACGUGUGCGGUUUCCCAAACCAUCCCUUCUGUGGUGACCCUAUCACAGAGGAGGGGCAUGGGCAGGUCAUCCGCUGCAAAACCUGCCGGCCAUCAGGUGGAAACCUGCUAGGGCAUCCGGUCCAGGGCAUGCCCAGCAUUCCUCCUGUUGGGCGCGCUGCAGCGGCCAGGGAACGCGGCUCAGCUGGAGCCGAGAUCGGGCAUUCGUCAGAUGGCAAUGCAGGCGAUAAUGAUGCAGAUCCUGGCCAGAUAAAGGGCCAAGGAAACCACCCAGCAUCGAGACAGAAUCUGCAGAGCCGCAAGCAGUGCCAGAAGUGCAUGCAGUGGCAUGGCAAUAAGAAGGGUGCGGGACAAAAAAGCAGCCGCUGUGGGAAAGCGGUCCCACUGACAAACAGCGAUGGGACAGCAAAGCUUGAUGCUGAGGGCAAGCAGAUUGUUACGAUCUGCGACUAUGUCUUUGUGUCCAGCACACAGCGGGGCCUGCGCGACGCACAGCGCAAGGCUCUGCUAGCUGACGAGCCUCGACUGCCAGAUGCUAAGAGAAUGAGAUAUGCACAUGUCGAGAAAGCCUUUGCAAGCGCUGUAAAAAAGGUGACAUCACUGGCUGAGAAGGAGGGCGUGGACAUGUUUGUGGCACUCAUAGCCCCGGCAUACUACUCGGCCGCUGUCCGUGCUGCUCCAACCAAUGACAGGCAUGUGGAGAAGGUGCUGAAUGAAUACGAUUCUUCUGCCAUCGCUGCCGUCAUGUUGCGGCAUUCCACCGGCCCUCAUUCCCGGCGGGUCUUCAAUCAUGAGGCCAUGCAGAAUGCCAUGAACAAGGGCAGCUCCAGCACUAUCAACAACAUGGUGAAGGCAGAGGAGGAGAAGAGGGAGAAGGAGUUCUGGGGCUGCUUCUGGGAGUGGCAAUGA